AUGUCGGUUGACGACCGAUCAGCCUACAUUAAACGGAAGCAGUUGUGCUUAAACUGCUUUGCAAAGGGACAUCAGCUUCCAAGCCGGUGUUCAAAAUUAUUUCGCCACGGGCUCAAGAGCUAUCCUUCUUGGAUAAUCAAUAUUUCCCAUCUUGGCACUAACUUUAAGGCACGCGCCCUGAUCGACUCCGGAUCAGAGGCGACAUUCAUAACCGAGCGACUGUUCAAUCUAAUUAGAUUGCCAUUCCAGGUGGUUCAAGCCCAAUUCUCGGGCUUAAACCAAACAGUAGCUGCUCAGUCCAAGAAGCUCUGCAGUUUCACCAUCCGAUCUCCGACUAGGCCCGCGUUGCAGUUGGAGACGAUGGCCUAUGUCCUCCCUCAACUUGCCGGAAAUCUGCCUUCCUACCCAAUUCCGCAAAAUUUCCUUCGGGAUCUUCCCGAUUUUCCACUGGCGGAUCCAAAAUUCUAUGAGAGCGCACAAAUAGAUGUCCUUAUCGGAGCCGACAUUCUUCCUUCGGUGCUUCUGAGUGGAGCAAAAACCAACAUCUGUGGCUCUCUCUUGGGGCAAGAGACCAUUUUCGGCUGGGUACUAACUGGGCCAGUGUCAGCCUCAGCCCAAAGCAGAAUUUCCUCUUUUUCGACACAGAUCUCCCACGCGUACGAUAAUUCACUGGACAAACUACUCACAAAAUUUUGGGAGGUGGAGAAUAUACCAACAAAGUUGGUAAAAGAAUCCGAUUCCAUGUGCGAGAAGAAUUUCCUUCAAACGACCACGAGAAACGAGUGCGGCAAAUAUGUCGUUACUCUGCCUUUUCGCGACCCAGAACAUAUCGGUUCCGGGCUAGGGCAUUCUAGGUCUUUCGCGUUGGCUCAGUUCUUAAAAAAUGAGCAGCGUCUAAAAAGAGAUGAGGCCUUGAAAGCGAGAUACGAUUCGGUGAUCCAGGAAUAUCUCGACUUAAAGCACAUGCGACAAGUUGUCCGAGUACUGCAGCAGCUAGCAGCUGACGUACAACUCAGCCAUCCAAAAGCUAGCAAUGUCAUUCGAAAUUUCAUGUAUGUGGAUGAUGUUCUAGCCGGAGCGGACUCCACAGAAGAAGCUCAGCUCAUGGUGCAAGAGCUCCGAGACGUUCUGAAUUCCGCCGGAUUUCCAUUGAGGAAAUGGACCUCCAACCAAAAGGAAGUUUUAGCGGCCAUUCAGAGCAACCAUCUUUUAAAUACUGAUUUUCUCGAGAUCGAUGCAAAAAGUACUGCCAAAACCCUCGGUAUUCGCUGGAGGGCAACCUCCGACGAAUUCUUCUUCGUCCCGCCAGAGUUGGCUAACGAAACGUCCUUUACAAAACGCCAAGUCUUGUCCCAAAUUGCCAAAUUGUUCGACCCUGCAGGCUGGUUAGCGCCGUUUAUCGUUCGAGCUAAAAUUUUCAUGCAGGAGAUUUGGCUGCAGGAGCUUGGGUGGGACGAAAACAUUCCAAAUGAGCUUUUUCUGCGAUGGCUUAAUUUUCUCCAAAAUUAUUCGGUUUUAGAGCAGAUACGCAUUCCACGCUGGCUAUCGUUUCGUCCAGAUUUCAAGGUAGAGCAUCAUGGCUUUUGCGAUGCAUCGCAAAAGGCUUAUGGGGCGGCAAUAUAUGUCCGCGUAGAAGUGGGCAGCACCAUUAUGGUGCAACUCCUAACCGCGAAAACCCGGGUAGCACCAGUCGAAACGGUUACGCUCCCAAGACUGGAGCUGUGCGGAGCGUUAUUGCUUUCCGAAAUGGAUGCAGCCAUCAUUCCGCAGAUGCCUACGAUUAACUCCGAACUUUACUGUUGGACAGACUUCACGAUAGUGCUUGCAUGGUUAAGCAAGCCAGCGUGCCAGUGGAUCACAUUUGUAGCCAAUAGGGUGACGAAGAUCGCCCAGGCCACAAAAACAGAGAAUUGAUCUCAUGUUCACUCUGAGCAUAAUCCAGCAGUCCUGGCAAGUAGAGGAGUUUCCCUCCGAGAUCUAGCCGAUAGCCAGUUAUGGUGGCACGGACCGACUUGGUUGCAAAAUCCACGCAACCAAUGGCCAACUCAGGUCGACAACGCUCCGGUGACCGACCUGGAGAAGCGUGCUCUAAAAGUCCAUCUCGCAAAAGCUCCUUCUGAAGAGUUGUUGGCACGUUUCUCCAAGCUAGAGAAAGCUCUACGGGUCCUUGCUUAUGUUCAUCGCUUCAUUCAGCGGUGCAGGAAGCAGACAUCUCCAUCUGAUGUGCAUUUGCUGGCCACUGAAAUCGCCGCCGCCGAGCGGUUCCUAAUUUCGAACACUCAGCGCAGAGCAUUCCCUGUGGAAUAUCACUGCCUAAGUGAAAAGCGUCCAGUGCCAAGUUCAAGUGCCAUCCUAAGCAUGAACCCGUUUCUAGAUCCGCAAGGACUGAUCAGGGCGUGCGGCCGUGUGGCGGCUUCAGAAAGCCUUCAAUACUGCUUUCUCGCCUCCUUGCGAAUUUCACUCAUCGAAUAACUCUCCAUGGUGGUAACCAGUUAAUGGUGCGCCUCAUCCGGUCGAAAUACUGGAUUCCGAGAAUUAAGAACCUGAUGAAAGCAGUAGUAAAUUCGUGCAAAGUAUGUGCGAUCCACAAAAAGCGGUUGCAAAGCCAACUGAUGGGUGUCCUGCCCAAAGAAAGAGCAUCGUUCUCCCGACCAUUCACGUAUACUGGCAUGGAUUACGCCGGUCCGUUCGAUAUAAAGAACUAUACGGGAAGAGCAUGUCUUAUUACAAAGGGGUAUGUGUUAGUUUUUGUUUGUUUCUCCACCAAGGCCAUCCAUUUAGAGCCUACAUCUGACUUAACGACCGAAAAGUUUCUUGCCGCUUUCUCUCGUUUUUUAUCCAGAAGAGGGUGUCCACGUCAAGUCCAGUCAGACAAUGGCAAAACCUUUGUUGGC